AUGUGUUUCUGGAAGGGAAGUUUCGUUCAACAAAUGGUGGUGUUAUUUGUGUUUCUGUUUGGUUUUCUCCCACAUAUUGUGAACAAGACCAUUUGCAUUCCUCCUAUCUUGAAGGCUCAUUCCAAUAGCUGCAGAGAGUUUUCUCAGUCAGGGGACCUUUUCAUUGGACAAAUUGCUUCUCGGUUCUAUUUGGUGAACUUCACUCAUAUUUUCAAUAAACAGCCUUCUUCAGUGUUGAACAAGGACAUCAUUGUUGUGCCAAAGAACUACCAGGAGAUUCUGGCCUUAGUGUUUACUAUGGAGGAGAUUAAAAAAAAUCCCACAAUUUUACCUAAUGUUACUGUGGGAUACCACAUCUAUGAAAGUUACCACAGUGUUCAGAGGACUUACAAGGCCUCAUUGGAUCUUGUUUCUACACAGCACAAACGUUUACCCAACUACAAGUGUGAUACCCAGAACAAUUUGAUAGCCAUUCUUGGGUCAAAAUACUCUGAGCUCUCCCUCAACCUGGCCAACAUUGUAAACUCAUACAAGAUUCCACAGUUCACGAUUGGCUCCCUUGACUCAAGGUUUGUAGAAAGAAAACUCUUCCCUUCCCUAUACCGGAUGGUGCCAAAUAACAACUAUGAGUACAAUGGGGUGGUCCACUUACUUCUUCAUUUCGGAUGGACAUGGGUUGGUCUAUUAACUGUGGAAUACUUCAGUGGAGAAAGAUUUUUGCAAGCUCUAGUGCCACGGCUUUAUUUAAAUGACAUCUGUAUUGCUUUUAUAAAAAGUAUACGACCAUGGGGUUAUGCUAUUGAUAUGUCAGGGAAAUGGAAUAUUGACGUUCCUAAAAUAUCAGAUGCCAUGAAUAACAAAACAUCUGCCAAUAUAAUUGUUGUAUAUGGUACUCCUGUAGUAAUGGAUAUCUUGAUCUGGUAUCUUCAUAUGGCACAUCUCCCUUCAGGUAAAGUGCUGCUUGUGACAUCACAUUGGGAUUUCAAAACCACGAGUAAAAGCCCCUGGAAUAUGCAGUCCUUUCAGGGGGCCUUAUCUUUAUCUGUCCAUUCAAAUGAACCACCGGGAUUCAGGACAUUUCUUCAGAAUCUAAAUCCUUCAGAGGCAAAAGAAAACUGCUUGAUGCAGGAUUUCUGGGAGAAAGCAUUUAACUGCUCAUUAAAAAAGAAUAAUGUGGGUGACAAGAUUAAAAAAUUCUGCAAUGUGGAGGAGAAACUGGAGAGUCUCCCAUUAUCUAUCUUUGAUACGGGCAUGACUGGCAACAGCUACGCUGUGUACAAUGCUGUCCACACAGUUCUGCAUGUCCUGCAUUCCAUGUAUAAAUCCAUAUCAAAAUACAGAAGACAGCUCCAUUACUUUCUAAAGGGUAUCUCAUUCAACAACAGUGCUGGAGAGACAAUACAAUUUGAUGAAAAUGGGAAGUUAGUUGCAGGAUUUGAUGUGACCAACUGGGUAAUGUCUCCAAACAAAUCUUUUGGUAGAGUCAAAAUUGGAAGCCUGGAUCUUCGGGCUCCUCGAGGCAAAGAGUUAACCAUACAAGAUGAUAGCAUUGUGUGGCAUAGCAAGUAUAACCAGGUUCUUCCUAUUUCUGUGUGUAAUGACAAGUGUCGCCCUGGUCACAGAAGAAAAGAGAAAGAAGGGAAGCCAUUUUGCUGUUAUGAUUGUGUUCCAUGUCCAGAAGGAAAGAUUUCUAACCAAACAGAUAUGGAUGCUUGCACUAGAUGUCCAGAAGAUCAAUAUCCAAAUUUGGAUCAGAGUCAGUGCAUUCCCAAAGUUAUAACCUACCUCUCUUAUGAAGAACCUUUAGGGAUGACUUUAGUUUUCUCUGCUAUUGCUUUUGCUCUCACCACAGCUUUGAUAAUGGUAAUAUUUAUUAAGCACAAAAACACUCCCAUAGUCAAAGCCAAUAACCAAAGUCUAACCUACGUUCUUCUCAUCUCACUCCUCCUUUGUUUCCUCUGCUCUUUCCUUUUUAUUGGACAGCCUGGACAGGUGAGUUGCUUUCUUCAACAAAGUGCUUUUGGCAUCAUAUUCUCCGUGGCUCUCUCCUCUGUUUUAGCAAAAACGAUCAUUGUGGUUCUGGCAUUUAUGGCCACCAAACCAGGAUCAAGGAUGAGAAAAUGGUUGGGGAACAGGCUGGGAAAAUCUAUUGUACUUUCUUGCACCUCUGUUCAAACAGGAAUUUGUGCUUUUUGGUUGAGUACUUCUCCACCAUAUGCACAUACAGAUAUGCACUCCCUGAUGGGGAAAAUCAUAGCAGAGUGUAAAGAGGGCUCAGUUUCCAUGUUUUAUGGUGUCAUGGGGUAUAUGGGCUUCCUAGCUGCUGUCACUUUCACUGUGGCAUUUCUUGCUAGGAAGUUACCUGACAGUUUCAAUGAAGCCAAAUUUAUCACUUUCAGCAUGGUGGUCUUUUGCAGUGUUUGGAUAUCAUUUGUCCCAGCAUAUCUGAGUACGAAAGGAAAAUACACGGUAGCUGUGGAGCUCUUUGCUAUCUUAUCAUCUAGUGCUGGGCUACUUUUUUGUAUAUUUUUCCCCAAAUUCUAUGUAAUUGUGUUCAGGCCUGAGUUAAACAACAGAGAACAAUUAAAAUGUAACAAAGCCUAA